AUGAAUUACAGAGUUGGUUCGGCGGCGACACGACCACCUCUUCAUCCCUCAACAAAAGACCUUCACCCGCCCACCAUGGUCAACAUUCCCAAGACCCGCCGCACCUUCUGCAAGGGCAAGACCUGCAAGAAGCACACCCCCCACAAGGUCACCCAGUACAAGAAGGGCAAGGACUCGCUCGCCGCCCAGGGCAAGCGUCGUUACGACCGGAAGCAGAGCGGUUACGGUGGUCAGACCAAGCCCGUCUUCCACAAGAAGGCCAAGACCACCAAGAAGGUCGUCCUCCGCCUCGAGUGCACCACUUGCAAGACCAAGCACCAGGUCUCGCUCAAGCGUUGCAAGCACUUCGAGCUUGGCGGUGACAAGAAGCAGCGUGGCGCCGCCAUCUCCUUCUAA